GAACUCUCGCGGAUUUUUUAUUUUUAUUUUUUUAUUAAUACAAAUCGAGAAUCUGGGGGUUUUCUUCCUCAAGGCCAAGAAAUAAAGAUCGAUGAAGUGGCAAAGAUUCGUGUCAGUGCCAGUUUUCUUAGCGAUCAUCCUUCUGGGUUUUGUUUACUAUGUCACAAUCUUCAUUUUCUUGGAGGAUUGGUUGGGUUUGCAGAGCUCAGCUGGCUCGUUGAACGCUCUCAUCUUCACUCUCUUGGCCUCUCUCUGUGUUUUCUCCUUCUCGAUCUGUGUUCUCACAGAGCCUGGCCAUGUUCCAUCAACAUAUGUUCCUGAUGUUGAAGAUAUUGGGGCUUCAGAUCAAGGGUCCACUAAAACUGGUGUGCAAGGGAGGCACUGUGACAAGUGUUCUGCAUAUAAGCCUCCCAGGGCUCAUCAUUGCCGUUCUUGUAGAAGGUGCAUUCUAAAAAUGGAUCAUCACUGCAAGUGGAUAAAUAACUGUGUUGGUUAUAGAAACUACAAAGCCUUCCUUGUCCUACUCUUGUAUGCUACAAUGGCAACCAUUUAUUCUUCGGUUGUAAUAAUUAGCUGUGCAGUUCAGAAGGACUGGAAUUUUACUGAAAAGAUUCCCCUCAAGAUCUUUUACAUAGUUUCUGGUAUGAUGAUUCCUGGCUUAAGCUUAACACUGGGAACUCUCUUGGGCUGGCAUAUCUACCUUGUCAUUCAUAAUAUGACAACCAUAGAGUAUUAUGAGGACAUAAGAGCAGCUUGGCUGGCUAGGAAAUCUGGACAAAGUUAUCGUCAUCCUUUUGAUGUUGGUGCCUACAAAAACAUUACCUUGGUAUUUGGUCCAAACAUGCUGAAAUGGUUAUGUCCCACUGCAGUAAGCCAUUUAAAGGAUGGAAUUGCCUUCCCUACUACACGCGAUAACUCAUGACUAUCUCUGCUUCUACCUAGAUUCUCUUUUCAGGCUCCUGUGCUUCAUUAUUAGCUCAUGAGAAGCACGUGAUUCACUUUUUCAUCCUUCGAGCAACUGGAUACAGUGUAGAGCUAGGCCAAAUGACUGGCACCAGCUGCAGUUCCAUCUGGAAGCAUUCACGUAAGGCUAUUGCUUUCCCUCUUCAUUUUUUUCAACCAGUCAGACAUGGGAUAAGCAAAUGCACCAGGCACUCAAUUCUCAUACUCGAGUGCUGUAUAAGGUGUUAGUGCCUUCUCAGCUGUUUCAUGCCCUCGGCAAAUCUUGGAAGCCCAAAACUUUAUAGUUAUAUGUCAUGGAGUGCUGGAUAAGGUGUUAGUGCCUUCUCUGCAGUUUCAUCCCCAGGCAAAUCUUGGAAGCCAAAACUUUGUAGUUAUAUGUCAUGGAUGCUGUUUUUGCUGUAUGUCAUUAACAAGUAACAUUUCUGUUUGGUAAUUUUAUUUUGUUUUAUAAUUGGUAGUGCAUUCCAUCUUAAUUUGCUUCAAUGUUGAGUAAUGUAGAUUGGUCUAAUUGAAUACUACUUAACAGAAUAUAUUUGUUUUUGUGUA